AUGGGCGUACAGCGGGCGACCAAUGAGCGGCGGCCGGGAGGUUUAAAAGGCGGCGGCGGCACUACUCUCGGCCUGUCGGUCCGCUCUUCAACAGCUCCUUUCUGCUCCGCUCCUCUCCGCUCCUCGCUUCACCUCACAGCGCCGCUCCUCUCUGCUUCGCUUCGCUCUGCCAUGCCAACCAGCGCUCCUGGGGCCGUGCCGUGCCGGGUGAGUGCCGCCUCCCAGAUACCGACGAGCUUGCCGGUGCUGGCCGCCUCCCUGCGCCCCGCAGCCCGGCACUGCAACUGGCCUGCGCCCGCCGCUAAGGGGAGGAAGCUGGGGCUGCCGCCCCGCACCGCCCUGCGGGACAUCAGCAACCGCGUCGCCGAGCCCCCGCCGCCGACCGCCCCCAGAAAGCUGCUGAGUGCUUACGGCAAGGGGCCGAGCGCCGCUAGGACAGCUGCUGCCGCCACCGCCGCCGCUCAGCCCGUGCCGAAGCCGAAGGUGAGGAGGUCGAUGAAGGCAGCCGCCAAGAAGAAUGCGCCACCGACACCAUUGCCGGAGCCCCAGCAGGUACUGCCCCAGAGCGGGCUCAGCCCGGCCGCCGCCUCCACCAGCUCAAACGGCGGCCGAGCCCACAUCCUCAGCUUCCACGGAGGGGCCGGCAUGUACCCCCCCCCAGAGAACAUGCUGUGCCAGGCGUUUUCUAAUGCCUUGCUUGAAGUGGAAGAUGUUGAUGUGGAAGAUAGUAACAACCCGCAGUUAUGCAACAAGGUUGUCAAGGACAUCUACAAAUACCUGAAAGAGCUUGAGGUAAAACAAGAAGUCAGACUCCAAUACCCGGCAGGUCAGAAUGUAACUGGGAAGAUGCAUGCUAUGCUAAUAGACUGGCUUGUUCAAGUAAAAGUAAGAUUCAAAUUGCCACAAGAGAUUUUAUACAUGACUGUUCCUAUUACUGAUCUCUAUUUACAGGAUAAUGCUGUGUCAAGGGAGAUGCUACAGCUGAUUGGUGUCACGGCUAUGUUCAUUGCCAGUAUAUAUGAAGAGACGUUUCCCCCCAGUAUUAAAGAUUUUGCCUAUGUAACUGAACACACGUAUACAACAUCCCAAAUUCACGAAAUGGAGAUGAAGAUUCUGCAAGCCCUGGACUCCUGGCUGGGUCAUCCUCUCCCUACACACUUGUUAAGAAGAGCUUCAGAGACUGCAGAGGUGGACAUGGAACAACACAUUCUGUCCAAGUACCUGUUGGAGCUAUCCAUUCUGGACUAUGACAUCGUUCACAUCCCUCCAUCCAGGAUGGCAGCUGCUGCUUCCUGCUUGGCUCUGAAACUUCUCAGUGGAAGCCAGUGGUCAGAGACUCUGCAGUACUACAUGUCCUACAGUGAGAGUGACCUCGUCCCAGUCAUGCAGCAUUUGGCAAAGAACGUAAUAAUGAACCAGGGCUAUAUGAAGUGUGUGGCCAUCGAUAAUAAGUACACCAGUUUGAGCAACAAGCAAGUAAGCACUCCUGCACAGCUGAACUCUGCUAUAGAAGACUUGGCCAAACCACUGGCUGAACGACUGUAA